AGUUUAUAUUCUCUUUUAAGUCUCUCAAGUGUAUCCCUAACCUGCGGUGAGCCUGUGGAGUCUACACCUUAUGAUUUCCUGGAAGGUGUGGCUCGUCGUGAUCAGUUCUCAAUACACCCAGAGCCUGAUGUAGCAAUGGUUUUUAAAAAGACGACAGAUGACCAGUCAGUUGAUUUGGUUGAAGUUGAGAAACUGUUGAAGAAACUGUUGAAUGAAAAUUCAAAUGAUCCUCAAGUCUUCAAUCAGGUUGGCAACUUGUGGCGGGUGAAAGGUAACACUCUCCUGGCCAUAGAGUGUUUUCGGAAGGCUCUCUCAGUCUCUCCUAAUGACCCUGAUGCCCUCAUUAAUAUGGCAAGGACACUCUAUAAUCUUAAGUUCAUAGAUGAUACACUUUUCCUAACCAAGCUAUCCUUACAUCACAAAUUCCCCAAGUCAGAAACCUGGCUACAGCACUAUACACUUGGUGAGGCUUACAAAGUCACUAAAAAGUAUGAAACUGCUGCUGCUUACUUUAAGAAAGCUCUAGAACUGAACCCAAGUCUCAGCAGAGCGGAGGCUCAUCUAAGGGACCUUGAGAGACAAAGUAGUCUUACCAACUUCUACACAGUCAUCAUCAUUCUAUUCUUAGUCUCUUUUGUUAUCAUUAUUAUAUCUUAUCUAAUUUAUGUAAGAAAUUGACGUAGAUUAUACUGGUCAUCAUUGGCAUUGCUUUUGGCUUUUAUCAUUAUCAUCAUCAUUAUUCACUGAUUCUGAUUUUUAUUGUUGUUAACUUGUUAUUCAUGGACUUAA